AUGAGGGCUAGGGGGCGGGGUCAGCAAAGGGCCUCACCGUCAGGGGGUGGGGCGGGAGAGGAGCCAGGGCGGGGGGGGGGGGGCCCGGGGUUGGGCUGCGCAGGCGCCGUGCCCCGCCCCCCCAGCGCGCGGGGUGGGGCGGGGCGGCGGUCUUCAGUGCCGGCUCUUGGUCAGAGGGUCUGUCCGGGCGGCUGGGGGGGCAGCGGCGGCGGCAGCGGGGGCACCGGAGCCCGGGCGAUGGCGGCGCCCAGGUCAGAGGCGGCGGCGGCAGGACCGUCCCCGCGGGGCGGCAGCGCGAGCAGGCCUCGCCGGGGCCGGUGGCGGUGGGGCCUGGCGGGCGCGAGCUGCGCGCUCCUGCUGCCGCCGUUGCUGCUGCUGCUGUGCGCGCCCCCGAGCGUGGCCCAGAAGAAAAAGGAGAACCUUUUGGCUGAAAAAGUGGAACAGCUAAUGGACUGGAGCGUGAGGCGCUCAGUUAUCCGAAUGAAUGGGGACAAGUUCCGGAGAUUUGUGAAGGCACCCCCCCGGAACUACUCGGUCGUGGUGAUGUUUACCGCCCUGCAGCCCCAGAGGCAAUGCUCCGUGUGCAGGCAGGCCAAUGAGGAGUACCAGGUUCUGGCAAACUCCUGGCGCUACUCCUCGGUCUUCUCCAACAAGCUCUUCUUCAGCGUAGUGGACUACGACGAAGGUGCAGAUGUUUUCCAGCAGCUCAACAUGAACUCGGCGCCGACCUUCAUGCACUUUCCUCCAAAGGGAAAGCCCAAGCGUGCUGACACUUUUGACCUGCAGAGAAUCGGGUUUGCCGCAGAGCAGCUGGCCAAGUGGAUCGCUGACCGGACAGAUGUCCAUAUCCGUGUGUUCCGGCCCCCCAACUACUCGGGCACCAUCGCCUUGGCCCUACUGAUCUCUCUCGUUGGAGGCCUGCUCUACUUGAGGAGAAACAACCUGGAGUUCAUCUACAACAAGACGGGCUGGGCCAUGGCUUCCCUGUGUGUGGUCUUUGCUAUGACAUCAGGACAAAUGUGGAAUCAUAUCCGGGGACCUCCGUACGCCCAUAAGAACCCUCAGAAUGGACAAGUGAGUUACAUCCACGGGAGCAGCCAGGCUCAGUUUGUGGCCGAAUCACACAUCAUUCUCCUGCUGAAUGCUGCCAUCACCAUGGGGAUGGUCCUUCUCAAUGAAGCUGCCACCUCCAAAGGGGAUGUGGGCAAGAGAAGAAUCAUCUGCCUGGUGGGCCUGGGCCUGGUGGUGUUCUUCUUCAGCUUCCUGCUGUCCAUCUUCCGCUCCAAGUACCACGGAUACCCCUACAGCUUUUUAAUUAAAUGAAACCCUGCAGGAUUUGCCCAAGAUGAGUGUUUACCAGGAAGGUAAACUGCACCUGAUCUUGAUCCUGACCCCAACGUUAUGUUCUUUAGAAUUUUUGGUGGUUCCACCAGUAACUGUGAUAAGUUAGACUCAUCUUGGAUGGAAUUCAUUGUGCGUUUUGCUAGUGAAAAUAAUAGACCGUGGAAUUUUUGGAAAGACACAAUGGAGGUAACACCACCUUUACAGAGGACACGUCAGACAGCUGUUUGAGGGUAUUAUUUAUUUCCAGUGCAUGGUACAGGAUCGGAGUGAAAUUCCCAGUGUUACUGAAUCUUUCAGGAAUUGGUCAAAGAACCCCAAAUGUAAUCGGUGUAAAUGUUCUUGCCAGUGUCCCAGACACAAGCUAUAUGCAUGAAAUCCAUGUUCUGUGUGUAUGAAUUAGUCCUGUGGCUGUGAUAAAGUCAAUGAGCUCUCA